AUGGUACUUGACCAUACUGAUGUUGGAUCGAUCUCGCCCUCAAAGGCGUAUAUUGAGUGCAAAGAACUCGAUGUCGACGCAGAAUUCGGUGGUAUAGAGGCACGAAAUAAGCUGGAGCGCAGAUUGUUAUGGAAACUCGACCUGCACAUGUCAAUGCUGGUUCUCAUUUAUAUCCUUAAUUUUAUCGAUCGAAAUAACGCUAGUGCGGCUCGCACACGAGGGUUCACCACCGACCUUCAUCUCAAGGGUCAAGAAUUUGCGACGUUGUUGUCUGUUCUCUAUGUCGGAUAUAUUAUCAUGCAGGUUCCCUCCAACAUGUUUCUCAAUUACAUUGGAAAGCCGUCGCUUUACCUGCCUGCUUGUAUGGUAAUCUGGGGAGUCAUAUCGGCACUGACUGGGAUUACUACAAAUUUUGUCGGAGCGCUCCUCACGCGAUUCUUCCUCGGCUUCGUGGAAGCAGCGUUUUUCCCUGGUGCCAUAUUCUUGAUUUCGAAGUGGUACAAGAGAACAGAAAUAGGUCUCAGAUUGGCCAUUCUUUAUUGCGGAAACAUGAUCAGCAACGCCUUCGGAGCUCUCAUGGCAUCCGGUAUUCUUGCUAACAUGGACGGCGUCCGUGCACAAGCCGCAUGGAGGUGGCUUUUCUACAUCGAAGGAGCUCUGACUGUCGCCGUUGCUAUAAUGGCUGUCUUUGUUUUACCGGACUUUCCAACGACGACAAAGUGGCUUACUGAUGACGAGCGCCGGCUUGCAUUGAAACGUAUGGAGGAGGAUGCUGGUGUCGGGGACCAGUCAGAGACUGAGCAUGGGCGCCGCGGUCACGGCUUUUUUCUUGCUAUUGCCGACUGGAAAGUGUGGUGGUUCGUAAUACUGUCGAUUGCUCAGGUGACAGCAGUGUCCUUCGUUUUCUAUUUUCCUUCUCUUACUGCGACGCUUGGGUACAACCCAACGGUAUCGCUGCUCCUCGUUGCACCUCCUUGGGUAUAUGCUGUCAUUUUCACAUUCGUGUGGGCUAGACACUCUGAUAAAAGACAAGAAAGGUUCUUCCACAUGAGUAUUUCAAACCUCAUCGGUAUAAUUGGGUCCCUUAUUUCAAUAUGCACCAUGAACACUGCGGCCCGAUACUUAUCUCUGUUCUUCCUGGCGCAGUCCAAUUCGGCAAUUGUCUUGAUGACCACGUGGGAGAGUAACACAUUUGCCCGACCGCCGUCAAAGCGCGCAGUAUGUCUUUCGCUCGUCAAUGCACUUCAGCAACUUGGCAGCAUUUUAGGGUCGUACGUCUGGCCAGCCAAUUGGGGCCCUUCCUAUCGAUACUCUUAUGCCAUUGUGAUAGUGGCUAACGUUAUUACAAUCACGAUGACUUGGAUUCUCAGACAGCAUCUGAAGAAGUUGAACAAGAAGUUGGAGAAAGAAGAGCAGGAGCAAGGAAUCAAAGAAAAGGGAUUCCGCUACGUUCUUUGA